UAUUAAAUAUCAAUCUUCUAAAUUUUUCCUCUCUAUGCUGGAAAUUAUACUCCUGGGUCAAGUGCAACAACUGGCAAAAUGAAGAUGGCGGAAGGAUCCACAAUUUCAAGAAGGAAUAGGCCCGGAACGAAGGCAAAAGAUUUUUGCAGAUGGCCCGACGAGCCUUUCGAAGAAAUGGACAGCACGUUAGCUGUUCAACAAUAUAUCCAACAAAUGAUAAGAAAAGAUCCUUCAAGUAUCGAUUUAAUUCUUAACAUGCCGGAUGCUCAGGACGAGGGUGUUUGGAAAUACGAACAUCUCAGACAAUUUUGUAUGGAAUUAAAUGGAUUGGCAGUUAGAUUACAGGAGGACUGUAAUCCAAAUGCUUGCACACAAAUGACGGCUACCGAGCAAUGGAUAUUUCUCUGUGCAGCUCAUAAAACACCUAAAGAAUGUCCUGCCAUCGACUAUACACGACAUACAUUGGACGGAGCAGCGUGUUUAUUAAACAGCAAUAAAUAUUUCCCAAGCAGAGUAAGCAUUAAGGAAUCUUCAGUCGCUAAACUUGGAUCCGUUUGCCGUAGAGUGUACAGAAUUUUCUCACACGCUUAUUUCCAUCAUCGAACAAUAUUUGAUGAAUUUGAAAAUGAAACCUUUCUUUGUCGAAGAUUCACGGCUUUUGUAACGAAAUACAACCUCAUGUCGAAAGACAAUUUAAUAGUUCCAAUAAUGGAAGAGGAAGGACCGACCGAAAGUGAGGCAUAAAGAAAAGAAUGUUAUUUAAAAUUGGUCUUAAGAGUCCAAAGAAGCUGACAAAUUUCAUUGAUUCGUUGAAAAAACUGAAUUAUUUAUCCACUCGAUUGCCAAUUUAACUGUUUACUGUAACGAGUGAGAGCUUUUCGGGGAUAAAAUGUCAGUGAGUAAAGCAACAGUCAACUAAAAUACUUUAAUUACAAAAAAAAAAGAGAACACUGUCUAAUUUCAAUGAAUUUAAUUAGACAGAAACGUGGAACAAAGUGUUGAUUUGCACUUGUAUGAUUCACAGUGAAUAUCUUCGCUAAUCAUAAAAAAAUUGAGUUCUUAAACCCAAGUUCUCAAACUUGUAUGUAUAUCUAACUGUAUAUCUACAUUUAUUAAAUUAUGUACAUUUUGUAGGAUUAUAAUUGCGAAAAGAAAACUGUCUUGUAUAUUUAGGGAAAGAAAACAAAAAAAAAUCAGUGGACGAUGUCCCUUUUUAUUAGUUAUGUAAUUAUUCGAGACAAGUUUUUUUUUGACAUGAUUUUCCAGUAAAAAAAUCAUGUAUAAAAAAAAGAUUAUAGAAGCAGCUAUUAAUAAUGAAAUAGGAGGAAAAACAGCUGCUGAAAAUUGUGAACAUUUCAGUAAAAUGAUGAACGAGAUUAAUUGUCGGUACCUGAAAUGCACUUACUAAAAUAGGCAUCGAUCUUUUUACGUUUUAUACAAUGUAACAGACUGACACCAGCGUUACGCGAAACAAAAAAACAUUUCUUUUCCUUCGUCUCUUGUGUAAAACAAAAAAAAAUAGAUACUUCCUUUCACAUUUUAUAUAAGUACAUUAUUAAUAAUUAAAAUAAAGAAAAGAGAAAUUAUUAAACACCAUCAAAAGAA